AUGUCCGGAUUUGCCAAACUCACACCAGCCUUCACGGCCAAAAUCCCAAUCGACCCACCCAACGCGGUGGGCGUGCUCUCCACCGGCACCCCUUUGACCCAUGUAUCCUUCGUAGCCGGCCACGAGGCCAUCUCCUCCGAGGCGGGCUACCCCACCUCGCUCAAGGGCACCUGGGUCCACGGCUCCGACUACAUCAAGACCGACGCCGACGGCGGCCACUCGCGCCUCGAGGUUGACAGUCUCGUCAAGGACACGGCCACCGGCGGCCUGGUGCGCUACAGGUACACGGGCGUCGUCGACAUGAGCGGCCCCGCCGGCAAGGUCCUGAGGGGUGAUUCGGACGCCGCCACGACGGAUUUUGGCGGGAUUUACACGCACGUCAAGUUCGAGACGGGCCAUCCCGAGCUCAAGGCCCUGGAGAACAAGGUCUUUGUCGGCUCUGGGCGCUUUAUCCUCGAGGCUGGGAAGCCUGUCACCGUCGAGUACAAGAUCAGCGAGGUGUCCAUCUAA